GUGAGGUUACAGUGCAAACUGGAGAUCUGUUGCCAUGUAGAAUUUGUGGAAGGACUUUCUUUCCAGCAGCACUGAAGAAGCAUGGACCCAUUUGCCAAAAAACUUCUGCUAAGAAAAGGAAGACAUUUGAUUCCAGCCGGCAGAGAGCAGAAGGAACUGACAUUCCCACAGUAAAACCUCUUAAGCCACGGCCAGAACCACCCAAAAAACCUUCCAACUGGAGACGAAAGCACGAGGAGUUUAUAGCAACUAUACGAGCAGCCAAAGGACUUAAUCUUAAAGAUGGUGGAAAACUCCCUCCACCACCUCCGCCAUCAUAUGACCCUGAUUACAUUCAAUGUCCAUAUUGUCAGAGGAGAUUUAAUGAAAAUGCAGCUGACAGACACAUCAAUUUCUGUAAGGAACAAGCAGCACGUAUUACUAAUAAGGGGAAAUUGGCAGCUGAAACCAAAGGGAAGCUUCCUACUCGAACACAGUACAAACCUGCUGCAGUUAAGAAGAUGCCUUCUGUAGGAUCAGCACCACCAUCGUCAUCAUCAUCACGCUUACCACAGCCAAGUGGUGUUAUCAAAACUGUCGUAGGUUCCUCUUCAAGUAAAGCACUGUCCUCAUCUGGAUCCAGUGGGAGCAAAAUUCAGACAUUAUCACCAGCUCAUAAAAACUCACUGGGAAUGAUGAACCCACAAGCAGGUAAGAUGGACAAGUUAGGCCCACCACUGCGAACUGGAAGAGAUGUCCAAAAGUUUUAUGACACUGAUACAAAAACAGACAGUACCAUCAAAAGACCAAAUGAGUUGUUGCCUAUAAAGAAAGGCGCAACAAAAACACGGACAUCAACCCCUCCUAGUGUGGCAAGAACCAUGAGCACAGGUGCUCUGACAAACAAAAGAAAAACUAGCAAUUCAGACGGUUACUCAAGGUCUGAUGGUAAAAUCGGGUAUGACAGCGGAGACUACCCAUCCUCAGUCAACGGAGGAAGUUCAAAAAGCAGUGAAGGAAAUUCACCUGUGCAAUUGUCAAAGUUCUGCCAUGAAUGUGGAACAAAGUAUCCAGUGGAAUGGGCGAAGUUCUGCUGCGAGUGUGGAAUUCGAAGAAUGGUUGUUUGA